AUGGCAGAAGAUAUAUGUUUUAUCAAUAAGGAAACUCUAAUCCAUGUAUACCCUCAAAAGAAGCAGUCAAUACAAUCAAGAACAAUUCUCAUCAUGUUUUCAAUGCUGAUUGGUAUUUAUAUCUGUUGGAUAUGUAUAGAACAAUCGAAAACUCUGCCCAUAUCACACAAUGAAGUUAUUGACAGGCCAAGGUUAUCGUCGUGUCAUUUCGAAGCCGUUGAUAGUUCCCAACUCCCUUAUUUGCAUUACCCAAAACCCGACACUUUUAGCAGGGAUGAAUGUGAAUGUAAUCCUGUAAGGUUAUUUGUGAUUGUAUCUGAACAGAGAUCAGGAAGUGGAUGGUUUGAAACAUUAUUGAAUAGUCAUGUUAAUGUUAGUUGUAAUGGUGAGAUAUUUUCUAUUAAAGAAAGGAGAACAAAUAUUUCUUCUAUUGUUAAGACUUUGGAUAAAGUUUAUAAUUUGGACUUGUUUACAAGUGCUUCUAAGAACCAUUGCUCUGCUGCUGUGGGAUUCAAGUGGAUGCUUAAUCAGGGUUUGAUAAAUCAUCACAAAGAGAUAGUGGAAUACUUCAACAGAAGAGGAGUGUCUCUAGUAUUUGUCUUGAGAAGAAAUUUACUUAGUCGAAUGGUGUCAACGCUAGCAAAUUCAUACGAUCGAUACGCUAAGUUGUUAAACGGGGUUCAUAAGUCUCAUGUUCAUUCUCCCCGAGAGGCAAAAAUAUUAUCGAGAUACAAGCCAACUAUAGAUUCGGAAUCAUUAGUGAGUAAUCUCGAUGAAAUGAAGGUGACAAUGAUGAGGGCAUUGGAAAUAUUUAAGGGCACAAGGCAUAUGGUUUUGUAUUAUGAAGAUGUUGUUAAGAAUCAGAAUAAUAAAUUGGUGGAAGUGCAAAAGUUCUUGAAGCUUCCGGUGAGGAGGUUGUCUAGUAUGCAAGUUAAGAUACACACGGGACGAUUAUCCAACCAUAUUAUGAAUUGGGAGGAGGUUUAUAAGACGCUUAAAGGGACUGCUUAUGAGAGGUUUCUCGGGUUUGAUUAUUGAUGACAGAUGUUGCACAACUUCGUGGUAAAUAGAAAAGAAAAAAUGAUGAAA